AUGGCCAUGCAAGAACCGGCUGCGGGCUCGUCGGUCAUGGCACCGAGCAAUGCCUUCUUUCCUCUCGAACUCUCGGGGCCCUGUGUCAUCGACACUUCCGGACAGCAAAGCAAGGAGAUAAUUGAUGGAAUUGACAAGGUCUUCGAUUCUAGCAGCGUGGGAACAGUUGGGUACUAUAAGAAAGGUUAUGGGAAUUACAUUGUGGAUGCGGAUGGGAAUACACUGCUGGACGUCUUAUCCCAAAUUGUAUCCCUCGCAGUUGGUUACAACAACCCAGCUCUGCUCGAGGUUGCGAGCUCCCCCGAGGUUGCCUCCGCGCUCCAUGACUGGGCAUCCAUUCUAGAGGCGGGAAUUAUCAAGAUCGCACCAAAAGGCUUGAAUCAAGUCUUUACGGCCUAUUCGGGAGCCGAUGCAAACGAAGCAGCCUACAAAGCAGCACUCCGAGUUACCGAGGACGAGGUUCUUUCCACUAUGAACAACCGAGCUCCAGGAUCACCGAACGUGUCUAUCAUGUCUAUCAUGUCUUUCAAGGCCGGAUUUCAUGGCCGGUUGUUCGGCAGUCUCUCCACUACACGAAGCAAAGCCCUCCACAAAUUGGAUAUUCCAGCCUUCGAUUGGCCGCAGUGCUCGUUUCCCUCCCUGAAAUACCCUCUAGAGGAGCACAUGGAUGAAAACGCCGACGAAGAAUUCCGUUGCCUAAGAGAGGCCGAACACAUUAUUCAGAACUAUCAUAAUCGAGUCGCUGCGAUUAUUGUCGAACCGGUCCAAUCAGAGGGGGGCGAUAGACACGCGAGUGCAUUCUUCUUCCAGGGCCUUCGUGAUAUCACGAGACGAAACGGUGUCCUCUUUAUAGUUGAUGAGGUUCAAACGGGUCUCGGUGCAACGGGUCGUUAUUGGGCCCACGAGCACUGGAAUCUGACCCAGCCUCCUGACAUGGUCACAUUCUCGAAGAAGGCCCAAGCUGCGGGCUUCUACUUUGGCAACCCUGAGCUGAAACCCUCAAAGCCAUUCCGUCUUUCGAACACCCGGACUGGAGACCCAGCUCGGGCGAUUCUAUUGAGCGAGAUUGUCAAGGAGAUUGAAAGACUGGACUUAUUGGAGAAUACUGCAUCUGUUGGUAACUACCUCUACACCAAGGUCGAAAGUCUCUCGGUUAGAUUUCCCAGCGUGUUUCAGAACUUGCGAGGUAAGGGCUUUGGUACAUUCAUUUCGUUUGACACACCCCAGCGUGACAAGUUCUUGGCUUUGGCAAAAAUGAAUGGGAUUCAUAUUGGAGGCUGUGGGGAAUCUGGUGUCAGGCUUCGGCCUAUGCUUAUCUUCCAAAAGCACCAUGUCGAUAUACGUUUGAUGUUUUUGAGAGGGUUGCGCCUCAACUUUAGGAUAGGGAAUACAUUCCAUGUGUCUUCUCUAUUCCGCCGUAUUUGCUUCUUCCGUCGUUGA